CGCCGCGCCCGUGACCGUCGCGCGUGACACGCCCUUCGAGCACUCCUCACUCAACAUGGCGGCGAUGAGGCUGGUGAAGGAUGGGCUGGUGGCGCUGGUGACGGGGGGAGCGUCAGGGCUGGGCCGCGCCACGGCGGAGCGCGUGGUCCGCCAGGGCGGCCGCGCCAUCCUCGUGGACCUGCCCUCGUCAGACGGCGCCGCAGUGGCGCGCGAGCUGGGGGACGCCUGCGCCUGGGCGCCGGCCGACGUGACGAGUGAGGAGGAGGUGGGGGCGGCGGUGGCCUUGGCGCGGGAGAAGUUUGGUCGUCUGGACGCGGCCGUGAACUGCGCGGGUAUCGCCAUCGCCCUCAAGACGUACAACUUCAAGCGCAACACCGCGCACGGGCUCGCUGACUUCCAGAGAGUGCUGCAUGUGAACGUGGUGGGCUCGUUCAACGUGAUCCGUCUGGCCGCUGGCGAGAUCGGGCGUAACGAACCGGACUGCUCGGGACAGCGCGGGGUCAUCAUCAACACGGCCAGCGUGGCCGCGUACGACGGGCAGGUUGGCCAGGUCGCCUACUCGGCCUCCAAGGGCGCCAUCGUGGGCAUGACGCUGCCGAUAGCGCGCGACCUGGCGUCCCAGGGCAUCCGCGUGAUGACCAUCGCUCCCGGCUUGUUUGCGACGCCGCUACUCAUGACGCUGCCCGAGAAGGUGCGCGACUUCCUGGCGCGCCAGGUGCCUUUCCCCAGCCGCCUGGGUGACCCCUCCGAGUACGCGCAGUUGGUACAGUCCAUCUUGGAGAAUCCCAUGCUCAAUGGGGAGGUCAUACGGCUGGACGGUGCCAUCCGCAUGCAGCCUUGAUUCGCGAGGGAAGUGGUGAGGUGCAGGUGAAAUCAAAGUGGACUUUCCCAACAACCCUGCACCACUCCUCCAUGCCACCCCUUUCGUCCUCGCAAAGUGGUACGGUCCAUCGCAGAGUUGCGAGCAAUGGGACCGUGUGGCCAAUCGCAUGCGAGCUUUGCAGUCACAUGGGGCUAACGGGGCUAAUUCGACGCGAUCAAUGCGAGAAAGCGGCAAAGCUUCCGUUACGUCGCGUUCGAUUGGUUCGACGGGCACCAUGCGAUCGCUUCGCUGGCGUGCGUUUGGCCACCUGCCGCGCUGUGUGCUGCGGAGAUAUUUUCAUGGUUGCAGUGUCGUAGAAAGUUUGGAACGAUUUGGCGGCAUUGGCGGAGGGGGGAGAAAAAUAUAGUUAACUCUGUGGACAUAUUUUCUGGGUUACAGAUGAAACCGUACUUACAAAACAAUAACGAUGAAAUAUCUCGAACGACGCAUUUAAUUCAUGAAAUAUGCGCGCGCAUCGCACAAUUAAAUAAUCAUUACGAGCUUUUCACUCGUCGAGGGGUCAGCAACUCUGUGGCUCUUGGUGACCCCCGAAACACGUCGGCAAGUAAACCAAUCAACAAUAAAGACGUGACAGUAAUUGUUUUCAUAGCGUUAUUUACAUAAUUGCAUUGUUUUAUCCGGAUCAUUCAUCUUGUCCCCCACCUCAGCCAUACCCCGGGAUGAUUGAGAGUUGACUCUCCCUACCUACCUGUAAUUUCAGCCACAUUUGUACCAGACAACAACCUCGUACGUCCAACAUUUCUCUUGCUUUUGUGUGUAAUUUCACGAUUCAUGUGCAACUGUGAACUGCUUAGGGAUUGCUCGUAAUUGUCACGGGUUACUUUUGUUUCGCGAAAUCGCCUUUACGCACCCUCGCAAAGGCUUCAUUAAAUCGUCGAUUCUCGCUUGUAGAGUUACAAAUAUUCUAGUGAUUCGGGGUGUCACUGAAAACAAAAUAUGAAUUUAAAUUUUGGAGUUCAUAUCCCAUCUGUCAGAAACUCCAUUAUCAGUCUAGAGUUUGCGGUCAGUACAAUGCGAUGUGGGUUGAAAUAGCGUCUAAAUACGACCACAUCUCAAGAUGCUGUAUCGAAUGUGUGGGCAUGUUUAUUUUGUAGGGAAAAAGAUGCAGUUGGUUAUAGGCAGAGAAAGGGAAUCGGGUCUUCAGUUUCAACUUGAACAGAGCAGGGAGAGUCUUAGUGUGAAUUCUGCGAGUCUGGAGUAUUUGUGCGAGUCCGUGCGUCUCAGUGAAUUGCAUAAAUCUAUGAGUCUGUGUGAAUCUAUGGGUAUCAAUUCUUUGGGGCCUAUUUUUGUGUGAAUCUACGUGUCUCUGUGAAUUGUCGUAUGAGUCUACGGGUCUCCGAGUCUAUGGGGGUCUACGCGAGUUGCUCAGUAACCGCACCUCAACAACAAGAACGGUCAUCCUUGCACCAAUUGUUGCCUCCUGGCGGUUUGGUUCUGAGUGGUGCCUCCCAUAUGACUGGCCACCAUCGAUGAUCCAAAUUCAGUUGGUCGCUGAGUUCCCAUUUAAUUUCCAUCCACAAAGUGCGCUUCUCAGCACCAAUCGCCGAGUAUAUAUAAAGAAAAACUUAUCAGUUGCCUUUCGGAGUGCAUUCCACGGUGCGUUGCUUAAACACAACAAAUGAACGCUUAUCUUGGAGAUGAGACGUUCCUAGGCUAAGCCCAAUUUGGGGGAGAGGUCACGACCCCGAGGUUGGGGGAGAUAUCGUCCCUGUGUCAGUCAGUCCGUCCAACGAUUUUGACUUUGCCUUUUCCCCGUGAGCGUCGCUACAUCCAUUGGCCGUGUUUCACUUCGCGCCAAGUGUUCCGCGUUCACGAAUGAUUUGUAAAGAAUUCUUACGAAUUAAUAAAGUGAUAAAAUACUUGACAUGAAA